AUGAAGGCCGCGAGCCUCGCAUUCAUUAGCAUUCUGCCGAACGUUCUCGGAGCAGUCGUCCAUGACAAGCGUUCCGGCUUUAAGGACGGCCAACCCAUCAGUGACAACGGCAAAGGAGCACCGCUCUUAGGCGGCACGAACAAGGCACUGGACCUCCAAAACCCCGAUAACCUUGGCCAACCUAGUACCGACAACGGCUUCGUACCUAACCUCAAAUGGAGCUUUUCCGACUCCAAAACAAGGCUCUUUCCAGGUGGCUGGGUACGCGAGCAAGUCAUCCAGGAUCUGCCGCAGAGCCAUGAUAUUUCAGGUGCGCAGCAGCAUCUGAAAAAGGGUGCUAUUCGGGAGCUUCAUUGGCAUCGUGUUGCGGAAUGGGGCUUCCUAUACUCUGGCUCUCUCCUGCUCUCCGGGGUGGAUGAAAACGGCCAGUUCACGACCGAAAAGCUGGAAGAAGGCGACAUCUGGUAUUUCCCCAAAGGUGUUGCGCACAAUGUGCAAGGCCUUGAUGAUGAGAAUGAAUACCUUCUAGUCUUUGAUGAUGGUGACUUUGAGAAAGUUGGGACAACUUUCAUGGUCGAUGACUGGAUCACCCACACGCCGCGCGACAUCCUCGCGAAGAACUUCGGCGUCGACCCAUCAGUCUUCGAUAAAGUGCCCGAAAAAUUCCCUUACAUUCUCAAUGGCACGGUUAGCGAAGAGGCGAACGAGGCCCCCAAAGGCACAUUGACUGGUAACAGUUCGUAUGUGUAUCACACAUACAAGCAUCCCUCUGAGCCGGUGCCCGGCAGUGGUGGUACCCUUAGGAAAAUUGACUCGAAGAACUUCCCCGUGAGCCAGACUAUUGCUGCUGCGUUGGUGGAGCUUGAACCCAAGGGACUGCGGGAGUUGCACUGGCAUCCGAACGCGGAGGAAUGGCUGUAUUUCCACCAGGGUAAUGCUCGCGCUACCGUGUUCUUAGGUGACUCCAAGGCUCGCACUUUCGAUUUUACCGCCGGUGACACCGCCGUUUUCCCUGAUAAUAGUGGUCAUUAUAUUGAGAACACCUCCGAGACCGAGAAGCUGGUGUGGAUCGAGAUUUACAAGAGUGACCGUGUGGCUGAUAUCUCAUUGGCGCAGUGGCUUGCCCUCACUCCUGCCGAUAUCGUAGCAACUACAUUGAAGGUCGAUAUUGAAGUCGUCAAGCAGAUCAAGAAGGAGAAGCAGCUCUUGGUACGGGGCUAA